AUGCGAUUCCUCACAAGUCUUGUUCUCUUCUGCUCCGUGGCCCUCGGAGCCCCUCACCCAUCCCCCGACAUCGCCGCAGAGUUCGACCCUGAACAACCCUCAAAACGCGCUGCAAAUGAAGCCACGAGCACCGCAGCAGUCUUCAAAGUCGAAAAGCUCUACGCCGGAGGCCAAGCGCACUCGGAUUGGAACUACGGCUCUAACGUAACCCCCGGGGCCGCCUUUGCCGAGUGUUCCAUCGCUACCAACAGCGGGCCCAAGGUGCCCACGAUCGAGAAGACGGCGUGCAGAAACGCCACGUCCGUGAGCAAUGCCAUCAAGUGGAGCCUCGAGCCCACGGGCACCGGGAUGAUGCACUUCAACGUCUGGUGGCAAUUCACGGGCCACGGCCACCUGUACGGCGGGGUGCACAUGUACCAGUCGUGGUUCAAGGAGUGGACGCUGCAGGACGGGAGCAAAGUGCAGGAAUACGUGGGCCCGCGCGAAUUUACUCUCGAGACUACGAUGAGCUCAACUCAGCCAGGAGAGAAGAGAGGCAUGGAGGGAGUUCACAUGUGA